AUGUAUGCCGUGCACGUGUUAAUAUCACCAUCUUCAUUGGUAUUUCGGACAGGGAUGAAACCAUUGGAUUUUGCCAAAUUUGAUGAACUUUGCUUUAUAAAUAUUCCAUUUGGAUUACCUUUAGGUCAAUCGCAGCUUUGUCGGCAAAUGAACUUUAAAUUGAUCUCCAGAUUGGCAUCAGAUACCCAAAGAUCCGAGAGUAGCAAAUGCGGAAACAAUGAAGAUUAUGCAAAUAGUGGAACAAUAUUGGGCAAUGUCAGUCAACAAAAUCAAGCCCAAGAACCUAAUCUACAUAGCACAGACGCGCACCUUAGACACGAAAUGUGGAGGAGUUAUCGAUUUCUUCUUCUACCCGGCUCAUUAGCACUGUUAACUUUAAUCGGGAUGCAAAUUGUCAUCUGCUCCUUCUGGAUACCUCGCUCCUGUACCCACCAACUGAAAAAUCCGUUUAACAAAAACCCAAAGAAUGCAUCAGAGGAUUUGUUGGAAGGCAUGGAAACCGCUCCCUUACGCUGUAGAUUUUGUUACAUAAAACGGCCAAUCGCCAGCUCACAUGGCCCCGUCGAAACAAAUUCAUUCACGCGAUUUAUGGAGCACAAACAACAGGCCAGUGUACCUCCGAGAAUGCAUCACAAAUUAGCCAACUGUGCCUUAUCCAAACAGGAAGACGACGUAGAAAAGGAUAUUCACAAAUGUAUUUAUUACCAGUGUUCACCCAGCAAACGAGUCAAACUUAAAGUACCUAUGCGAAUGUGUUACCCACCGAGACACCGAACGCACACAAGCAACAUAGCUAGCGUGAUUUCAAACAAUUUUGUCACACCUCAUUUGGAACUGCAUUCAAUAGGAAAGUGUACAUCUCCAUACAUAUAUUCAGAACGGGAAAAGCAAAAAUCAGUUUUCAUAACAGGCCAAGCAAAUGAUAAUAUUUCGAUAUAAGUGAAAUUAACUUUGCGUAACCUUUUCA